AUUUUUGUUAAGAGGGGUGUUGGAUCCAUUCUUACAGUAAAGUUUUUGAUCAAUUUAAGUGGGUCUAUUGUGAUUGAUGGGAUCUAUACAUGCUUUUUGAUUGACCCUUUUGUUUUCUUAUGUUUUUGAUUACUCUUUAACUUUUUAUUUUUAUCAACUUGCUCUUAUCUACUAGUAAUUUGUCCUUUUAUGAUCACUUAGAGCCAUUACUUGGGCGGCAUUUCUACUGAUUCAUCAAAUUGUCUUGCUCUUGGACAAAUACUAAUGUACCAUUUAUUUUGUGGGGAGUGAUUUGAACUCUUUUCUGUUUGUUGAGACAUAGAGUUGAUUGAUGGAUUUAGAAGUGGAAGAUUAUGGAAAUGCAACUGGUGGGAUUGAUGGAUUGAGAUUAUUGGUUUAGUAAUGGGUAUGCAGAAUUUUGUCCUUCUAUUUCGUCUGUCUUUAACUCAAUGGCAUCAAAAUCAAGUGUGAGAACUUCUCCGGAUAGGCUGAGGAAAACCACUGGUUCUCAAGUUCAUGAAGGUAGUAGUCGUAGACCUUCACCUACGCCAACUAAUAAGUCAAGCAGAUCAGACCCGAUUACCCCAAAUAGGUUACCUCCAUCUAUGCAAAAUGCUCCACCAAAGCAAGUUGUCAGUGAUGUUAUGGAUGAGAAGAAGUCAUUACAUGCUUAUCAGAAGGGGUAUAGCAAUGGUUUAGCAGAUAAGUUUGGUUCUAGUUUGUUGUUGGCUGAUGAUGACCAAGUUCCACCCGGGCUUUCUGUUCAAACAAACGGGACUAGAGGAUCAUUAGAAUGUGGUUCUGAGGAUGAGAAGAAAAUAUCAGAGCAAGGAGUUGGAUCAUCUUCCGCCAAAAUUAGUGAUAGCACAGGAAGUAUUGCGAAGACUAGUAGUAGUGCGAAGACUAGUGGCCGAGCUGAAUUUGUUGAGAGUGGAAAGAGUAAUAUAUGCCGAGCUAGCACAAGCAGUGAUGUGAGUGAUGAAAGCACUUGUAGCAGUUUUAGCAGUGUCAACAAACCACACAAAGCGCAAGACAUGAGGUGGGAAGCGAUCCAAGCUGUCCGUGCACGAGAUGGAGUCUUGGGAUUAAACCACUUCAGGCUUUUGAAGAGGUUGGGAUGUGGGGAUAUCGGAAGUGUCUAUCUGUCUGAGCUAACUGGUACUAAAUGUUACUUUGCAAUGAAGGUUAUGGACAAGGCAUCUCUUGCAAGCCGCAAAAAGUUGCUCAGAGCACAGACAGAGAGAGAGAUCUUGCAGUCACUGGACCAUCCCUUCCUGCCAACUCUUUAUACUCACUUCGAGACAGAGAAAUUUUCAUGCUUGGUUAUGGAGUUCUGCCCAGGAGGCGACUUGCAUACACUGCGGCAGAGACAACCUGGGAAGUAUUUUACCGAGCAAGCUGUAAAGUUUUACGUAGCAGAAAUCCUCCUAUCUCUGGAAUACCUUCAUAUGCUUGGUAUCAUAUAUCGUGACCUCAAACCAGAAAACGUCCUGGUGAGGGAUGACGGUCAUAUUAUGCUUUCCGACUUUGACCUAUCACUUCGGUGUGCAGUCAGCCCCACACUAGUCAAGUCAGCAUCAGUUGAGAAUGAAGGCUUAAAGAAGAGCUCCGGUUACUGUGUCCAACCUGCCUGCAUUGAACCCUCUUGUAUUCAACCUUCUUGUGUAGCCCCCACAAGUUGUUUUACUCCCCGCCUCUUUUCAAGCAAAUCCAAGAAAGAGAAAAAAUCCAAACCAAAAAAUGAGGUAGGCAACCAAGUUAGUCCACUACCUGAGCUCAUUGCGGAACCCACAAGUGCCCGAUCCAUGUCAUUUGUUGGAACCCACGAAUACUUGGCACCCGAAAUCAUCAAAGGCGAAGGACAUGGUAGCGCAGUUGAUUGGUGGACCUUUGGGAUAUUUUUGUAUGAACUCUUGUUUGGAAAGACGCCAUUCAAGGGAUCGGGCAAUCGGGCUACCCUCUUUAACGUUGUCGGUCAGCCUUUGAGGUUCCCGGAGACGCCGGCUGUCAGUUUUCAGGCACGGGAUCUUAUCAGAGGCUUAUUAGUGAAGGAACCACAGCAUAGGUUGGCCUACAAGCGAGGUGCAACAGAGAUUAAACAACAUCCUUUCUUUGAAGGUGUAAAUUGGGCUUUGAUCCGGUGUGCCAGCCCCCCGGAGAUCCCAAGGCCGGUGGAGUUUGAUCGAAUUCGUGUUCCACCUGCGUCGUCAAGUGAGAAGGCUGCUAUGCCUGUUGGUAUGCCGGACCAGAAAGGGUCCGAUAAUUAUUUGGAAUUUGAUUUCUUUUAAAUUAUUUAGCUCAUUGCUGUUUGUUGUUAAACACUACAGGUAUAAUGUCAACGAUUAUGAACUUUAGGUUUUUUUUUUUUUUUUCAUGUGGUUUAUAUAUUGAUCAUAUGUUUGUUGAAGUUGGCAUUGAAGGGUUGCAUAAUUAGAGUGGCAGAAGUUGAAUGUUCUUUCAGUGAAUAUGAAAUGUUCAUACGUCUUUUUACA